AUCGCACUGUUGAUGAGAGAGAGUGUGUGCAGAGUGAGUGAGAGAGAGAGAGCGAGAGAGAAGCAGAGCGCUCUGUAAACAGGCUGUCAGAAAAGAAAGUGCAGGGACAUUUUCAUCCGUUACAGCCAAAGGAGAGUGUUGCGUACAACACUGAAGGAUAAUCACGAGAGGGAGAGAGCGUGAGCGCGAGCGAGAGAAGGUUUAAUUAAUUCAUGCAGGAGGGAAGGGAUGUUUCUGCUGCUGACGGAGCUGGUUCCAGCACUGCCUGUAGCAUUUUGUUUGUGAGCCCAUCCAUGCUGUGAACGUGACAGCAUUCAGAUCAGGCAGGAUUUGACGGACUCCAUCACCUGAACAAGCAGAGAGUACAUCAGUUGAAAGGUCAUCAGUUGCUCCUCCGUGUGCACCUGGCACCUCCCUGCCGCAGAGCUACUCCAAUCCCGGCCCCUGCCGGUGGCGCAGCACGCAUCACCUUCACACUGCCCUCGUCCUUGUGUUUCACAACUCCACAUCGGGGACGCCGAUUCACCAUCUGUUACUAAGAAAAGGCGACAUAAUCAUGCCAGAUCGUACCAUGUCCUUCUCAUACCUCACCUGAGGACAAUCAGUGUGGUUCCCCAGGCUCGCCGCGAGCACUCUGACUGGCGAGAUGGGAGACUGGGUCUGUCUGAGCCCAGCCGAAUUCUCCCAGCUGCAGCAGUACAGUGAAUAUUCCUCCAAGAAGCUUAAAGAUGUCCUGGAAGAGUUUCAUGGAAAUGGUGUCCUCUCCAAAUAUAACCCUGAACAGCCCAUCGACUAUGAGGGCUUCCAGCUAUUCAUGACGACCUAUCUGGAGAAUGACAUCCCUGAGGAACUUUGCAAACACCUCUUCACCUCCUUCAAGAGCAAGAAUGGUGGAGGCAACUCCCCUGAUGCCUCUCGAUCUGGAGCAGGCAUGCUAGAGCCCAGGUCCAUUAAUGCAGGCAUCACUAUACAGACCGAAGUGGCCUGUGCACCCAUAACAGGUAUGAAUGGGAAGAGUAUUUUGAGCGCUAUGAGCCGACAUACACCAGAGAACUCUGCAGGGAUCACUCAAGGCUCAGGGGCCACCACAUCACCCUGCUCCUCCCGCUCCUCCUCACAACGCUCAGGCACAGGGGGCCACACACCCAGAGGCCGCCACAGGUCACCCGGCACGCAGCCCAAUCUCCCAGCCAGCAGCAGUAGCAGCAAUGCUUUGGCUCUCUCCAAAACUACCAACUCCCCACACCUCUCCCCAGAGCGUAAUCAAUCUGAAAAUCGUACAUCUCUCCGGAGGAGUCCUUCUCCACAAAAAGGAUCUCCAUCACCCCAAGUGGUCUUCCUUAAAGAUAUUGUUUGCUACUUGUCCCUGCUGGAGAGGGGAACGCCAGAGGACAAGCUUGAGUUCAUGUUCAGGCUCUAUGACACAGAUGGCAAUGGUCUGCUGGACAGUUCGGAGCUCGACCGCAUCAUAAACCAGAUGGUCCAUGUAGCAGAGUACCUAGAAUGGGACUCUACAGAACUUCAACCAAUUCUGAAGGAGAUGAUGGAGGAGAUUGAUUAUGACCGGGAUGGAACGGUCACAUUAGAGGAAUGGAUCAGAGGAGGAAUGACCACCAUACCACUCCUGGUACUGCUGGGAAUGGAGACGAAUGUACAGGAAGAUGGGCAGCAUGUGUGGAGACUGAAGCAUUUCAACAAGCCAGCAUACUGUAAUUACUGCCACACUAUGUUGUUAGGAGUACGAAAACAGGGCCUUUGCUGCUCACUAUGCAAGUACACAGUCCAUGAGCGCUGUGUGUCCAAAGACAUUGCUCCUUGCAUUAGCACCUACGCCAAGUCCCGCAGACACACCAAUGCUAUGCAGCAUGUUUGGAUGGAGGGCAACUCCCCAACAAAAUGUGACAAAUGUCACCGCAGUAUCAAGUGCUAUCAAGGUCUAACAGGCCUUCACUGUGUUUGGUGUCAAAUCACUUUUAACACCUACAUUGACGGUGGACCAUUAAAAGAUCACACACUCUUGCCGUCGUACAUCUGCCCUGUUGUUCUGGACCGUCAUUCUGCUGUCAAAAGAGGUGAAGGAGAAUCAUCCCCCAGUACCAGCCCUGAGGACACCAGCCAGUGUUUCAAGUUCACCGGUGACGGUCAGGCACUGCAGAUCACCCCUCUGCCUGGAACGCACCCUCUCCUUGUGCUGGUUAAUCCUAAAAGUGGAGGUCGGCAGGGUGAGAGGGUGCUGCGGAAAUUCCAGUACCUGCUUAACCCCAGACAGGUGUACAGUCUGGAUCGAGGAGGACCCAUGGUGGGGCUCAACUUUUUCCGAGACGUGCCCAAUUUCCGCGUGCUGGCCUGCGGAGGCGAUGGAUCAGUGGGGUGGAUUUUGGACUGCAUUGAUAAGGCCAAUUUUGCUCGGCAUCCACCUGUUGCGAUCCUGCCACUGGGUACCGGGAAUGACCUCGCUCGCUGCCUGCGCUGGGGUGGAGGCUAUGAAGGAGGCAGUCUGGUCAAGUUCCUCAGGGAUAUCGAGCACAGCACCGAAGUGCUGCUUGACCGCUGGAACAUCGACAUUGUCCCUGAUGAUAAGGAGGAGAAGGGCGACCCUGUGCCCUACAGCAUAGUGAACAACUACUUCUCCAUUGGAGUGGAUGCAUCCAUAGCACAUCGCUUCCACUUGAUGAGGGAGAAACAUCCAGAGAAGUUUAACAGCAGGAUGAAAAACAAGUUGUGGUACUUUGAAUUUGGCACCACAGAGACCAUCUCAGCCACUUGUAAAAAGCUGAACGAAUGCAUUGAGGUGGAGUGUGAUGGCAUCAUUUUGGAUCUCAGCAGCACGUCUCUGGAGGGUAUCGCUGUGCUCAAUAUUCCCAGCAUGCAUGGGGGCUCCAACCUGUGGGGCGAGUCCAAGAAAAGACUGAAUUACAAUCGCAUGAGUAAGAAAGUGCCAGAGAGAAUGUCUGGCAGCACUGUCACUGAUGCCAAAGAGCUCAAGUUUUGUGUGCAAGAUUUGAGUGAUCAGCUUCUGGAGGUGGUGGGUUUGGAGGGAGCCAUUGAGAUGGGUCAGAUCUACACAGGUCUCAAGAGCGCUGGGCGGCGCCUUGCACAGUGUUCUAGUGUCACCAUCAGGACGUCCCGGCUGCUGCCCAUGCAGAUUGAUGGGGAACCGUGGAUGCAGCCUCCAUGCACGAUACGGAUCACACAUAAGAACCAAGUUCCCAUGCAGCUGGGACCGCCACAGAAAACAUUCUUCUUCUUCAAGAAGCGAAACAGAAGUCGGGACUAGAUGUGGGACUCCAAAAUUCACCCACUCUUCUACAAUCAUACAAACCCACUCAAACAUCUCCACCUUCCUCAGCUAAUUCUUCAUCUUUGGCAGGUGGCAGCCAAAGAGAAGACACCUUUCAAUCACUUUUGUGAGACAAAUCAAUACAAAUACAACACUCAAUGGACUCCAUCUCCGAACACAUUCAGAUGCUCAUAGGCUGAACCAGAACCUCUCUGAGUGUCAUGACCACUUCCUGUGUCUUAUCAUCCAGAACAUCUUAUCUCAGGCUUGUGACCUGUAAGCUAUGACUCAAUUCCAACUAAAUCGCCACUCCCAGUAGGCCACUGCCUUGGGAUCACACUGUGUGCCCUCUCCCUCCUCUUGAGACGGCUCAUCAGAAGAUACUGCCAAUUUCAAAGAGAAAAAGAGAGGGAGGACCAGAAGUGAAGAGUCUCGCCCAGUAAAGGGAAAAGAAGUGUGUUCAAGUUAAAAAAGAAGAGGAGCAAGAGACACCCUGGCAUGGUGCACAUAUGGACGUCACAGGGCCCUGGCCUAGCCUAGCAGGACCAGGGAACUUACUUUCCUCCUAAAGGAGCUCACUGAAUUAUACAUCAGUGCAUGCAAAGCAUUCAUUCCUGUGCCUCUCAAAGGCCCUACAGCAUGCCAUCACUAAAGAGAUGAAGCAACAUACUAAUCCAUUGUGAAUGUGUUUAUGGGGGUCUGCUGAUAGAGAUAGGUUAGGCUGGCCUGAGUGAGAAGAAACAUUUCAGCUUCUGUUGUUUGCUCUAGGCAUUUCUUGUGUUCACCCUCAGGCCACAAAACUGACCAGUGCAAGUUUUCUUACAGUUAGCUAGAUGUUUAUUUAUUCACAUACUGCCCUCUAGAACAACAAUGUUCGCGUUCAGUGUGGAGAAUUAAACCUAUGGUCUUUCAAACAUGCAAGGAGUUUAGAGAACCCUUUGAAGAGAGAAUCAGUGGACUAAAAGAGUUUUACCAAUUAGCAUUUAUAUAGUAGCAAUGAGGCAAUCUGUGCAAUAAUUUGAUGAUUUUAUCAUAUUUUUUAAGCCAAAUCAAAAUAGCUUGCCAUUAAGUUGGGGAGUAGUGAUUUUUCCCUGUCAAUUAAAAACAUCUUACACCAGCCUAUGCUGGCUAUGCUGGUCUGUUGGCUAGUUUCAGUGGGUGUUGGGCACUUUUCAGCUGGUCAGGCUGGGAGACUUGCAGGUUACCCAGCUAGACCAGCUGAAGACCAUUGUAAUAGCCUUUUCACAGCAACAUGAACAUACGGCAUGAAAAUUCGGUCCAGUUUUCGCAUGUGAUUUGUCUGUUCAAACCAAUGCGAAAAAUGGAAAAAUGACUGAAUGAAAAAUGCAACUUAACUUUAUGACAGUAGGUGGCGCUUACAGAAAAUUAGUUUUAUGUAACAGCAGCGACUCAGGGCAUGUGACCAAAAAGUGUGAAUCAUAUUGUUUGGCUGUGUGAAUGUUUGUCUAAAUCUAAGAAAAAGCAUUAAUAGCCAUCCAUUCAAAUGAAAAUGUUUAUAACACUGAAUAUUCGUCUUGGUGUGAACAGCCCUUACACCAGCUAAGGCCAUCAAACCAGUUUAGGCUGUUUUAAGCAUUUUAUCAGCAAACUACAAUUUUAAUAAUUUAUUUUUAUAUAACAAUAAGAACAUAAUGGUAAAACUUUAAGACAAGGAUCAAUUUAUUAACAUUUGUUAAUGCAUUAGAUGUCGACAACUAACACUGAAAAUAUAUUAACAACCUUUAAUAAUCUAGAUUAACCUUAAUUUAUAAACUCAAUUGCUUGGUCCAAAUUCAAUUCCACCCCAUGAAUUUAUGCUGUUGUUCAUUGUUAAUUCAUUUAUAAUCAUAUUAUGUUAAAUAAUAUUCAUUAAUACAACUUGAAAAUCUAUGAAUAUAUUGCAUACAUUAUUAACAUUGACCAGGAGUAAUAAAUCCUGUAAAAAUAUUAAUUGUUCAUUGAUGCAUUAACCAAUGUUAACAGAUUAAAUAUUAUAUUUUGUUACAGAAAUAAUAGUUUAAGGAAAAAUAUGCUACACAUUUCUGAGAAAACAAAGUCUACAUUCAGAGGCGGGCUGAAAUGGAUGCAGCGCUGGUAUUAACACUGAAUCCUCUGCUCCCCGUCUGUCACAACAAGCUACUGCAGUAGGGUUUGAUUUACUUCUGCAUGGACGGAGCCUAAAUUUAACUUCCUAUUUCAGGGCAUGAAACACUAUUCCUAAUUGCAGCAUGAAAACAUCAGCUCGCAAUUUCAGGUCGACAGUCAAGCGGGUGUGAAUGCGGCCUAGAUGAAUGCAGAAAACAGAAGUUACUUUCAGUAGAUCCAAAAAGUGAGCUUUGUAAUCUUUAGCCCUUCUGAGAAGGCCCGUAAAGAGUAUUUAACUUAAAGAUGCCCACUAUGUAUCAGUAUUUGUAUAAUCCAAGAGCCUUGUGUGCAUAUAUAUGAAUGUGCAGUGAUCAUCAGAUGCUUUCACAGUUUGCCGUAGGGUGGUGGAACUGUAUAUAUAUUUCACCAAUACACAGAACACGUAACUCAGAUUGACUUACAGUUCAGGUGUCGACUUUGGAAACUGAGCUCUUACCAGGGUUAGCAGGUUAAUGUUCCCUUUAAAGAACACUGAACCGCAGAAGCAACACCAGUGUCCUAAAUAAUGCUAAUCUCUCCAUAUGACCACAGAACUAUCACCUCCAGCCUGUGGGUCGGUUUAUCAUAGAAGUAAAUGGUGGAUUUUGCUAAAAGAGCCCCAUUGUUUCUGUGGUCUGUGGACAGAUGGUUUAUCCUGCGUGACAUUCUGGUGUUUAAAGAACGGCGGUUUGGUUACAAGUGCAUGUUUACAACUACUUUUCAUUUUACAGUUUAGAAUGAUUUUAAACAGUCAUGUAUAUAUAGAAAUUGUUUAUAUUUUCUCUAAAGUUAAACCACCGCAUGCCUGCUGAAACAAAGAAGACAAAGAUGUCUGCUUGAAGAGAGACCACGCUGAUUGUUGCUACUUUAUUAGUUUCACAUGAUUAUAUUUUGGACCCUAUCCAGGCCCCUUGUAUCUUUACACUGUACUUUUCCUCAAUCAGUUAGUAGCAUGUUCAUUGUACAAAUACCUCUGUGGAUGUUCUUUGUUCUGUUUUGUAUUUUGUAGACUGGGGUUUGGCACCAAUGUAUGCUGAUCGAUGAGCAACUGAGAAAUGUCACGUUUGGGAAAUGUCAUUUCUAAAUCGUGCUGAUGUCACCUCCUGUGUCAUUUCUGUGAAUAACUGAUAGCCUUAACUUACCAAAACAAAAUAGCAUUUUGCCUGGAGCAAAGACAUUUGUAAUACAAGUCACUAAGAAAAUUACCCAAAUGAUGGAACAAAAUAGGUGGUAUAAAACGAGAGGUCAACAUCUGUUUACCGUGUUGCAAUAACUCAUUUUUGUUAGUGUCACCGUACCCGCCUACUUACUCUCAGAGAAACGUGGUGAUAGAGCGAUGAGCUCCAUGAUGCCUCUAACACCACAUAUGUCUUCAUUUGUGGACUAGACGGCUUUUAUCUAUUUUGUAGCUGUCCUAAAACUGUGAUUGCUCAAUCUACCCAUCACUGUCUCUUUUAUCAUAACAAUAAUAUGAUUUUUUCUGUCAAAACCAUGCUGCCUCUUGCAGGGUUGUGCUCUAUUCAGAAUUGAAUUAAGAAUGCUUUUUAAGUUCUGAAUGUGAGGUUUUUAAUUAAAAAUGAAUUUGAAUUCAAAGAAUAUCAUAUAAUUUUGAUGUAUAACUAGAAUAACCAUGCAACUUGACAAAGCCUUUUUUGAAAGUUUUGCAAAGACGUCCCUGAAGUCUGAGAGUUUGUUGGCCCCCCAGACAGAGAGAACGAUGGAUGGUAGGAAGGAAGACAACUUUUUUUCCCAGGAUGCAUUGCCUGUUGAAUUUCUUUGCGUUAAAAUUCAGUACAUUCCUCUUCCUGUCAUUCCGAUUCAAAUUCAUGUAGGGCGUGGGCAAUUCUAUUUAAAUUCAAACUUGUGAGUUGAAAGAGUGACAACUUUUUUUUUUCUUCCUAGUUCUGAAUUUUGCCCAACCCUGGCAUCUUGAGACCAAAUUGGGAAAGUUUUUUAAGGACGGUGAACCACAAUCCUGGACUCAAAUAUGAAGAGACAGUAUGGCUUAUCUCAGUGUAGCUCCUUUCUUAGCUGGGUCAGAUGAGUUGUAUUGAGUCUCCACUGAUGGAGUAGAUCCCAAUGUGAUGUUCAACAUGUGUGUUUAACUCACAGUUUUAUUCCUGCCCUAGGGUUAGUGUGGUUUGUAGCAGUCCAUCUGUAUGGUAGGCAACAAGGUUCAAGGACAGGAGUCCUGCAGACUGGGAUGGGGUUAAAGGGUGAAUCAUGCCCUUGAAAGCCCCUUUUAGACUCUGUUACUCUGGUUCUUGUAAGCUGUUGGCAUCGAUGUUAAUGGACAGAAGAGUUUUAUUGAAUAAAACGGAGAGACUAAA